AUGUCGUCCCAGGCCCACCACGCGUCGAGCUCGCACUCGUCGAGCAGCAGCAACGUCAUCGGCGUCCACUUCCGCGUCGGCCGCAAGAUCGGAGAGGGCUCGUUCGGCGUCAUCUUCGAAGGCACCAAUCUCCUCAACUCGCAGACGGUCGCCAUCAAGUUUGAGCCGCGCAAGAGCGAUGCGCCGCAGCUGCGCGACGAGUACCGCACCUACAAGAUCCUCGCAGGUUCGCCCGGCGUCCCGCAGGUCUACUACUUUGGCCAGGAGGGCCUGCACAACGUCCUCGUCAUCGACCUGCUCGGCCCGAGCCUCGAGGACCUGUUUGACAUGUGCGGCCGCAAGUUCUCGACCAAGACGGUGUGCAUGACGGCCAAGCAGAUGCUCACGCGAGUGCAGACGAUCCACGAGAAGAACCUGAUCUACCGCGACAUCAAGCCCGACAACUUCCUGAUCGGCCGCCCGGGCACCAAGCACGCCAACACGGUCCACGUCGUCGACUUUGGCAUGGCCAAGCAGUACCGCGACCCCAAGACCAAGCAGCACAUCCCGUACCGCGAGCGCAAGAGCCUGUCGGGCACGGCGCGCUACAUGUCGAUCAACACGCACCUCGGCCGCGAGCAGUCGCGGCGAGACGACCUCGAGGCGCUCGGCCACGUCUUCAUGUACUUCCUCCGCGGCGGCCUUCCGUGGCAGGGCCUGGGGGCGGCCACCAACAAGCAGAAGUACGAGAAGAUCGGCGAGAAGAAGCAGUCGACGCCGAUCAAGGAGCUCUCCGAGGGCUUUGCCGAGGAAUUCGCCAUCUACCUCAACUACGUCCGCAAGCUCGGGUUCGAGGAGACGCCCGACUACGACUUCUUGCGCGAGCUCUUCUCCAAGGUGCUCAAGAACUCGGGCGAGGCCGAGGACGGCGUCUACGACUGGAUGCUGCUCAACAACGGCAAGGGCUGGGAGGCAGGCGUGCGUCCCUCAUUCCCUCCCUCCCCCUUCUCUCGUCCCUCUCAUUCCUCGAUCGUGCGGGGCCUGGGCGAGCCCUGA